AUGGAUCUGCUGCUGCAUCUCCUCCCCAGAUCUCGCACGCAAACAAGGAAAUCGAGGUCAGAUCGGAUACUGACACGAAGGAGUGGACGUGAGCGGCGUGGACCAAGAGUUGCUGGAGGGUCCCCACCAAGCAUCAAGCAUGAGCCAGGGAGCGCUAAUCAGGGGCUUUUGAUCCACCGAUUCCAACCCGCAAGAAAAAGCCGGCGCGACGAGCCGAGCCGAGCCGACACGAGCCGAGCCGAGCCGCUCACCUUCCCAUCUUCAUUUCCCAUCCGACAAAUAAUAAUGACCACAUUCGUCGUUGCAGAUCUACUACACUUCAAUCUGAUGGCCAAUGGCUACAUCCGCAAAGAACCUGAAUCAGGUGCUGUAUACACCGGCAAGGCCCACCAACUCUUCUACAAUGACAUGUCUGAAGAAGCUGCUAUGGAUGGCCACGCCACAGAGCUAGGUCUAUCGUCCCUGCACCUGAAAGUCAGUGCUACGAAUGUCAGCAAAUGUUCUUGCGCUGAACGACUUCGGACAAGACAAUCACCGUGGCUUUGGCUCCGGUCUGAUAAUGAAGCCAUGUCUGGCAUACCGGCAUACCAGGCUUUGGGAGAUCUGGAUGGCCUGGCACGACUUCUCUUGCUACUUCUUUGUUUCGCGCCAGCAGACUUGGCUGCAGGGCCGGAUAACAAUUUUCAUUGUCUCUGGUUGGUGAUUGCGCAGAACCCCAGUAGGUCCCUUGCAGCUUCGCGGUAUUGGAGAAUUGUUGGAGUCUUGAAGAGGUUACGGUGUAGAGGAGAGAUGCCGCCAAAGUCGAGAGCGGCGAAGGCGAAAGCUAAUGGUACAGAAGACGUAUCACCAGCACCGUCAGCCUUGGGCAAGAGACCGCGUACUGGCAUCGCGGAGGGAAGCCAGACUGCUGUGCCACCUCCGGAUCCGGACGUGGCUUCAGCCAUCGUAGAAGCUGAUGAUCAGAGAGAAGAGCCUCCCGUGAAGAAGAAGAGGAAAAAGAAGGGAUCUUCUCAAGCAGCCGCUGGUGCUGGCAUAGCACGUGGCGCCUCAACAACCGCUAAAGCUGCUCUUUCUUCAUCGAAGAAGCCACUCGCAACUGCACCUGCGCCUAAGAGGAAAUUGUCCAGAGAACUAGAUGGUCUCAAAGAUGGCCGGAGCGAGCCCGAUGCAUCGGCAUAUGGCAGAGACUCUUCUGAUACUGAGGGCAAGCGUCGCUCAAAGAGGCUCAACAAAGCUGUGCCUCCAGCGUCAAAUGUCCAGCAGCUACCACUUCCCGUGAUCGUCGAGGAAGAAGAGCAAGAAGAGAACGGCCCGUCAAGACGAUCUGCGAACGGAGGGCAACAAGCACCGCUUGCUCAGAAUUCUCAUGAUCCGGGUGCGGUGAUCGAAGGUGAUGUCGACGAUCAGCCGCAAGAUCCUGUCUCACGCCGGGCCACAAGUCCACGAAGCACACCCAGUUCAAAUAGGCGAGACAAGGAGGGCUUAGAUGCUUCUCGCGAAGAUCUCCGCAAUUUUCGGCCCGCCGCUCCCAUCGAUUUUAGUACCAUUGAUGUUGAGGAAAUAUAUCGAAACUUCGCUCCUUACGGUGGAGGAAGACUACAACCUCAUUCCUCCGAAAAAGAGGUACGAGAACGAUAUGAGCGCGAGAAUCCCAGCGUUCGCUACACGGACUCCAACCAGAUACCGCCAGACCCCAGGGAGCCUAAAGACCCUAGCGAUGGCGAUGGCGAUGGAGAUCGUGGGCUUAAGCUCUUUGCUCCCAUCGAGCCAAAGUAUGCUGUUCGUGCGCGAACGAAUGAUGCAAAAGCUCGUUGGCAUGAUGAUGGCUGGGACACGGUUUGGUCUACUCUGCGCGCUCACAAUCCACCAGAUCGCAUCUAUGAGAUGUACGACUAUUGUUGGAGGGAUUCGUGUCAGUUGAGAGACAGGGCGUAUUUCGCAGACAUUCCAGACUGGCCAGCAGGUACUUUGCCAUCGGCCUUCUUCCCACAAGUUCGCAGGGCAGUCGAAGUCGCCAUGAUGGAAUCUUUGGUGCCGCAAUGGAAAGAGCAGAUUGUCUUAACUGGGCAACAAUUUGGCGACGCAGGUGCGCGGGAUCUGGAACAGAAACUGGCUGCAAUGAAGAAUGGUGUCGGGAAUGGGACUAAACGACCGGAUAUUCCAAGGGAUAAUGAUAUGUUCGAGGCUGAGUGGGCUGGUCGACUUCAGCAAUUCGCACAAGGGAGCUUGGGCCCACUCCGAGAAUCGACACGGAGGACACAACACAGGCUCAAAGCAGCGCAUCGGCGUGCCCUCAAGAUUCGCAGCGAUUAUGAUAUCCGCGUUCGUCCUCCAAUCUUGAACGAUGGAGUUAUCCACACGUCUAUGGAGCACUACUGUAAUCGUCUUCACGUAAUCUUGCGUCAAACAUUGAUCGACUAUAUCAAGCCAGUCUGGCCGCCAGCUCCACGGAGUCCUCGCACCACAGACCGAUAUAAUCGAAUGAUAUACAGAGUCGUCCAAGGUCAGAAUCCCUACCCUCCUGGGCAGGCUUCACCAAAAGAGCUGGAUUUCGUAGAUAUUGCGACAAAAGAGAUCGGAUUCGAUCAUGUGCGCAGCCAGCAAGAUCCAGGCCGCUGGGAAUACAGGGAGCACCUCGGCAGUGGUUCCUUUGACAGGUGGGAGUCUGGGCUUGCCAUCAAAGACACGUAUCUGGCAAGUACCAAGGGACUUGGGCUAUGUGAGGAGACCUAUGGUGAUUUCAUUUCUUGGUACAAAGACAAGAACGACAAGAUCCCAAAGGAGUACGCAGCUUUGGCCAUGCUGAACAGCUGCGAGAGCUCUGCAAACAUCGUCCAUUGCAGGGCCUAUAGUGUCUACGAUGAGAGAGGCAUGUACAGGCUAUACACCGAGUACUGCGGACACAAUGAUCUGGAAUACACGAUCGACAGAUAUCGUACGCUGGCAAUGCUAAAUGCGGACAUGGCAGCCAUCGGCGGAACAAGUCCAGAACAAGCAGUACUAACCACUUCCUUCUCUAGCCGUAUCCCAGACCGAGUUCUCUGGUGCAUCCUCGAAGCCUUAUCCUCCGCCGCCUGCCUCAUGGACCUAGGCUACAUCCCAACCGGCGACCCAGACACAGACACCCCACCACCAAACUUCCAGCAGAUGCUCCAUCGCGACAUCAAACCCCUCAACAUCUUCCUCUCCACCCCUCGCUCCGACAACCACUGGCCCAAAAUCCCUACGCCAAAACUUGGAGACUUCGGCGGUGUAAUCUUCUGCGACGAACCCGAAGCCUCAACACAAAUCUACGGUACACGUUGCUACACAUCCCCCGAAGUCCUACGAAGAGGCAUCCCUCACCCCAUCACUCCGAAAGCAGAUAUUUGGGCAAUUGGACGCGUCAUGUUGUCGUUGAUCAAUUUGAAUUUUCAGGAUGAUCAUGAGUUACUCUCAAGAGAGUCGGAGGUGGAUUUUGUGAAGACGCCGGAUUUUAAAGCUGGGGCGGAGGAGGGUAGACAUCCUUUGCUUUGUGAACUGAUCAGAAAUUGUUUGAACCCUUUGCCCGCGGAUAGGCCGACAGCGAAGGAGCUUUGGAUGAGGGUUUGGAGGGAGGUAGGGGUUGAGGAGCCGAUGACUAGGAUAAGGUGGGAGGAGGAUGAGAUGUUGAUGUUUGAGAGUGACAAGUAUGAGGCUUUUGCUUCGAACUCGUGUUGGACGAUUGAAAGAGGUUGA